GCCGACGCCGACAAUAUGGACAACUUCUUUCUACUCAUUAUGGGGUUCCUGAUAUACCUGAUGCAGGCGGGGUUCGCAUUCCUCGAGGCAGGAGCGGUGCGUUCCAAGAACACCGUCAACAUCCUCAUCAAGAACGCGCUAGACACAUUUUUUGGAGGGAUUUCUUAUUGGAUUAUGGGCUAUGCGUUUGCAUUCGGAAAGGGCAACAGUUUCAUUGGCUUCACCCACUUUGCCCACAGCGGCCUUCCGGAAACCAAAUACGCGCACUGGUUCUUCCAGUUUGUGUUCGCGGCGACCGCGUCCACCAUUGUUUCUGGCGCGAUUGCAGAGCGCUGCGACUUCAUUGCAUACACGAUAUACAGCGUUCUUAUCACAGGUUUUAUCUAUCCCGUGGUCACUCACUGGGUGUGGUCGGCCGAGGGUUGGCUGGCUACCGGUAGGACGUACCAGAUAGACGGGGAGGCAGUUACAGUCACAUAUAGCGUAAGAGACUUUGCCGGAAGUAGUGUGGUGCAUAUGGUGGGUGGGAUCUCGGCGUUCGUUGGCGCCUGGGCGAUGGGUCCCCGCAUCGGCCGCUUCGAUAAUCACACUGGGAAACCAAUCGAGAUUCGGGGACACUCAAUCCCGUUCGCCUCACUGGGUGGUUUCAUUUUGGUGUUCGGCUUCUUCGCAUUCAACGGCUCUUCACAAGGAUCCAUUUCUAAUCCAGGCGACGGCUCGGCGAUAGCGGUGGCGGUCACCAACUCGGUGUUGGCGGCGAGCGGUGGUGCGUUCACCACAAUGCUCAUGAACAAAACGAAGUUCUUUGGCGACCAGAAGUGGAGCUAUCUAACCGCACUGAAUGGCUGUCUCACCGGCAUGGUGGCUAUCUGCGCCGGCUGCAACCAGUUCCGGACCUACAUUGCCUUUAUCACGGGCAUCCUGGGCGGCGUCUCCUACAUGUGCUUCACUUGGCUUGUGCUCAAGCUCCGCAUCGACGAUCCACUAGACGCAGCGGCAGUGCAUUUCGGCGGCGGUUUUGUGGGCGUUCUUUCCGUACCCUUCUUCUCCCAUCGCUACGGGAUAGUGUAUCACUGGAACCUCAAAUCCGCAUACCAUCUUGCCUGGCAGCUAGCGGGUGGUGCAUCCAUCUUCGCCUGGGUUGCAACAUUGUCCUUCAUACUGUUCUUCUCUCUCAAGAAACUCCACAUCCUCCGCGUACCAUUCGAGUACGAGUUGAAAGGCCUGGACAUUCCCAAGCAUGGCGAAACAGCCUACCCCUCGGAGGCGUACGGUCACGGGUGGGGCGAAAAGGGGGACACCCUAGUUGGACUGGUGAGGGACGCUACCAAAACCUGUCUGAAAGUUAUGGGGCCCAACGAAGUCAGAAUUAACAUUGCGGAGCGGGCACGACCAGGUGAAAGUCCGGAAGUUGAUGCAAUUCGCAACACAAAAAACGGUCAAGUAAACAAGGGAUUUAACAGAAGUGACGAUGAUGCAGCUACCUGCGGUCCAAUGACGUCACAUUUAUAAACAGUGAAAAUUAUGUGAGACAAGUACAAUUCAAAAUAAGUAUUUCUUCCGGGCACAAACUGUUCGACUCAAUAAGAGCUCAUUCCUUUUUGUUAUCAGAAAAGAAAAGAAAAAUAAACAAGGUUAUAUUUUCUACAUCUCAUUCAAACUGAAAAAAUAUUUUAAGACUCAUUAGUAUUUAAUCCAAAUUUUAUACUGACAUUGAC